GAGUCACCUUUCUGAUGGCAAGUUCUUCUGCAUCAGCUAAGGAUGAAGAGGAGGGGCAAGCUUCUGUGCAAGCUGUAAUACCACAGGAGAGCAUGUGAGCAACAGCAGGACCAUUCUCAACACGGAUCGGAUCGCAGCAAAUGGGAUUUCUGGGUCUUCACCACAGCACCCGACAAAGCAUAUGUAUGUGAGAGACUCUGCCUCGUUGCUUUGACAAUCUGAUUUUACAGGAAACAGCAUUAAUUUUGAAUGGAGUGGACGGCUUAGAGAGAAGAAGUGACCGAUGGGCAACAUCCUGUGGGUAUUCAUGAAAGCAUAAGGACUGUCAGCGGCGCGCAAUGAUGGACGUGAGACCUGAAACUUAGAAAAGGAUGCUUUCUAUCCCACCGAUGCAGCAGGAUUGGAGAAAAACCUUUUCUUUGCUCGUGUGAGGAAUUCCUUCAGACAGCACAGCAAGGACUGUAUGGAGACAGUGAGAACUCAGCACUUUUUGAAAGCCGUGCCACUGAACAUUUUCGAACAAUUGCAGUGACCUUGGGAUGUGAUUUUUUUUACAAAGCCUGGAGUAAUUUCCUUCCCUGCGUCUUUACAUUAUUAAAGAUGCGUUUGAUUUGGGUGUGGAUGGUGGGUGGUCUGAAAAGCAAGACUGCUGCAUAUACUGAAUGAUCCAUGCAGUAGCCAGAUACCUUCUUAUUAGUACUGGAAGUGCUUUCGUUUAACCUAUGGAUGUGGCGUAACUGCAGAUAUUAUAAUGGCUGUGGUGAUACAUUUGGCUGAUGAGCUGCAGUUUUGGAAGCAGAUGUUUAUCAGCUUAAUGGUCUGAAAGAAAGGCAUAGAGAAUAAUUGAAGAAAUGAAGCCAGAAGAUUACUAAAAGGAGUAUAAAACCGAGUCUUUUUUAAACCAGCAUUUCAUUAGAUUCUCAGAAAACUGGAAAUGAAAGUUGAUAAUUUCAUUGUGUUUCAAGCAUAUGGAAAAAUGUGGACAAUCGUUACAGAGGUGAGGAAUGAAAUGGGAUAGAGCUUAUGAACUUCAAAAUAUUGAUCAACACUGUAGUAGCUGUGGCAUUAUUUUUAAAGACAAUUCUUUAAUGUCACCGUUCCUGAAAUUAAAUACGAGGCAAAUGUGUGUGUUGUGAGAAACUUGGAUUGUCCUGCUGAUGCUUCAUUAUUGCAAUGGAGGGCACAUGCUUCAGACGGAAUUAAUUAUUAAUGGCAACUUAUAAAAAACACAUCUGUUUCUUGCUUUUUUCAUUAUGCACUGCAUUGUGAACUAAAUGGGGAGGACAUCACGAAUUGACAUUCACACAUGGCUCUUCGCAUUUCCGUCAGUGUUUGAGCUCAUUUCUUCACUGAACAAAAGUGAAGUCUUCUUGCAUUAAUGUGAACAAAGUUACAAUUUCGAAAUGGAAUGAAUUAAGAAGAUUCAAAUGGCAUUACUACUUGAAGAGAUGCAAAAGAGAUACCGUAUGUUAGGAUGAUGAUAUUGGAGUCCUUGAACUCUUUAUUCUUGAGCAGCAAUUGUUAGGAAUUAGUUUCAGAAAAAUUCUAUUGGAAAUUAUCUCUGCAUAAUUGUUUCUUUUUUAUUUUUUGAAGCAUUUCUCAGGAAAAUGUACAACCAAGAUUUUUAUCAUAAUACUGGUAUUUUCUUUUCUUUCCUUGUCCCAUCUGGUAUUUCUCCCUUUCAAAAGUGUAGCUUGAAGGACGUGCUUUGUUUAGAAGUGCCUUGGUUUCCUAAGAAAGAAGUGAACACAGGAAGAAACAGAGCAACAAUCUUUUUGCUUCUUUUUUUGUGUUGCACUAUUAACUCUUUAGUGGCAGCUCCAAAAACUGCUCGGAGAAGCUGAGACACAGAAACAAUUUUGUGGUGAUUGACCGGUCACUUAAUCACUGGAGUUAGGAUCAUAUUGUUAUGUAAUGCAAACCAUGAACCAGUCCAUGUGGGUUGAGUGGAAGACUCUGAACACAAGCAAUGGCAUUGUGAAUGUAUCUGAGCACCACUCCUGCCCAUUUGGAUUUGGACACUACAGUGCCAUUGACAUUUGCAUUCUUGAGACUAUCAUUAUUGUCUUGCUAACAUUUUUAAUUAUUGUGGGUAACUUAACAGUCAUUUUGGUCUUUCACUGUGCUCCACUAUUACAUCAUUACACCACCAGUUACUUUAUCCAGACUAUGGCGUACGCUGACCUCUUUGUUGGGGUAAGCUGCUUGGUUCCUACCUUGUCAUUGCUUCAUUACUCUACAGGUGUCCAUGAGUCCUUGACUUGUCAAGUUUUUGGAUAUGUCAUCUCUGUGCUGAAGAGUGUUUCGAUGGCCUGCCUUGCUUUCAUUAGCGUAGAUCGCUACCUUGCUAUUACGAAACCACUCUCCUACAACCAGCUGGUCACACCUUGCCGGUUAAGAAUCUGCAUAAUUUUGAUUUGGCUUUACUCCUGUCUGAUCUUCUUGCCUUCUUUUUUUGGCUGGGGAAAGCCCGGUUAUCAUGGAGACAUUUUUAAAUGGUGUGCAACCUCUUGGCUUACUAAUGCCUAUUUUACUGGCUUUAUCGUAUGCUUACUGUAUGCUCCAGCUGCCUUCAUCAUCUGCUUUACAUACUUUCACAUAUUUAAAAUCUGCCGGCAGCAUACCAAAGAGAUAAAUGACAGGAGAGCUCGUUUCCCUACAGAUGAAGUGGAUACUGCUGCUGAAACUGGACACAGCCCUGACAGUCGCUACGCUAUGGUUUUAUUUCGUAUAACCAGUGUGUUUUAUGUGCUCUGGCUUCCCUACAUCAUAUAUUUCAUGUUAGAGAGCUCUAGGGUGCUAGAAAGUACAGCUCUCUCUUUCUUAACAACGUGGCUUGCUAUAAGCAAUAGUUUUUGUAACUGUGUUAUAUAUAGCCUCUCAAACAGUGUUUUCAGGCUGGGACUUUGGAGAUUAUCAGAGACUGUAUGUUCAUCUUGUAUACGUAAAAAAGACAGCAUUGUUCAAGAUCCAGUUCCUAGAAAACGGGCUAACUCUUGUUCCAUCUAAAGAAAACUGGGACAGUUCAUAAAAUACAAUCUGAUAUUGUGGCUAGGUAAUAUUUCCUAGAAAUUCGACUUGAAUAUCUUUUCACUGUAAAAUGAAUUAUGGGUUGAAAAAGUGACUUGUAAGAAAGCAAGUUGCUUUAAUGAUGUAUUGUAUUGAAAUGGUGACACACAUACUUUUUAUGAAAUUGUGGUUUGAGAGUGAGUCACUGCUACAUAUGAGGGUCAGCUUCCAGCGGAAUGAACUAAGUGUAUCCGAGCUGAAGAACAACUUUACCAACAUCAAUAGUUAAAUUGUCACAUAUUAUAUAUGUGGAUGAAUAUGUAGUAAUUUGUUGUAUUUAAGAUGCAUCUUCUUUAAGAGAGUGGUAUAAAUGACGUACUUCGUAGAUACAAAAUAAAUGUUUAAAUAUAAGAGAGCA